AUGGAAAGUGAUAUUUUAGUUUUAUCGCUAAUCAGUAUUGGGUGUAGUUGUGAAAUAGAAAAAGGAUUCUCCGGUGUGAAAUCUUUUUCGAAAAAACAAAAUGGAGCAGCGUUACGAGCGAAUAGUUUGGGGUCAGGAGCACGAACACCUCCUUUGGAAAGAAAAAGUAAAUUUUCUGCACUCGGUAGAUUAUUCAAACCUUGGAAAUGGAAACGGAAAAAGAAAUCCGAUAAAUUUGAAGCUGCCUCACGAUCUCUUGAAAGAAAAAUUUCCGUUCGAGCGAAUCGAGAAGAACUGGUACAAAAAGGAAUCCUGCUUCCUGAAAGCCCGAUCGCGACGAUACCAGAAAACGAUUCUCCGAACGACUCAGGAUUUAUUCAAAAGCCUCCUACACCCCAGCAGCAACAUAACCAACAACAGCAACAGCAGCAGCAACACCAGCAAUCACAGGGUGGAACGCCCGCGGCAACGCCGACUGCUCAACAAACGUCAUCUCAGCCUCCAGUUUCAGGUACAAAUUCAAGUACUACCAACAGUAGUAGUAACCAGAAUCCUCAUUCGAUGGGCUCUGGGUCCAAUCCUGAUCAAUCUUCACCUCAUCUUCCUCAAUAUACGGGAGGAAUGCUAUCAGCUAAUCAAUUGAACGGCAACACACAA